AUGCACAAGAGACGAGGUGACUGGAGGAUGCUCAUCACCACCUCCACAGAUCUGAGAUGGAGCAGUGAUGAAAUAGAAAGGAUAAGUAGUGGUGGGACAAGGCGGAAUGUCCGGUUAAGCGUGGUGCGGCUGUGGUGCAAAAUCCGGUGGUUGUUGGUGGUUCGUGGACGGUGGCUUAAGCUUUGCGAAGGUGGCGAUGGCGGCUGA